AUGAACAAGCCAGUUGCAUGUGUAUUACGAGAGUGGACCAAGACUUAUGGCAGUGUCUACGGCAUCCAAGAGGGUCUCAGAAGAACGUUAGUUGUGAGCGAUGUUGGGAUGAUUCGCGACUUGUUCAUCAAGCAGUAUGACUACUUUUACGGUCGGAGGAGCCAUAUGAUUGGCGGUGAUGUGGAGAACGAUCCUCGAGUUCACGUUUUCGAAGCGCAAGGUGUUCGAUGGAAGCGCCUCAGAACCAUUUCUACUCCAGCCUUUUCGUCGUCUUCUCUGAAAAAGAUUCGACCAACAAUCGAAAGCUCCGUUCUGGCUCUCAUGGACUUUUUCGAGAAGGAAGCAAAUAUGAAGGCCUUUGACGUCGUUCCCUUCUACAAAGAGUUCACCUUGGAUGUGAUCUACCGUAUUGCUAUGGGACAACGCGAAUCGGAGAUGUUCACUGAUAAGGAAAAAGUCGCUGCGGUGGACUCCGUGAGUGGCUAUUUUCACAUACGAGUAACAGCUUAG